AUGGGUCGAGGAGCUAUGGUUGUAGCAGGAGUGGGCGUCGUUGCGCUAUUGCUGAUCACGAUAGCAGCGUGUGUACGUCUCUUGAUGUUGCUUGUGCAGCUCGUGACAUUGCGGUACACGCUGACGAUCGGCGCACUGGCGCUUACAUUUUGGCUCGUCAACGCACGACGACAACGGUACGCCAAGGGCUUUUAUUCCUGCUCUCGUGUACCUUCGAUGGAUGUAAAGGCAGCACAACAAUCAGAAGGAGAAACAUACAAGGAAGAAGACAAGAUACAGGAGGAGGUACCAGUGACAUGCUCGGAGGUACUGUCGAGUCGUCAAAAAAAGGUGACGACGGCACCACCUUCUGAGACAGAAUCAGAAGAAGAUGAUAGUGAGGUUAUUGUAGGAAAAGAAGAAGCCAGUGAUACCAAGACGACACCAACGAACACCCCGUGUGCUAGACACAGUAUGAGUUUGAUGGAUGUGAGGGCGUGUUGUUACACCACAAAUGGAGAAGAGCAGUGGCAACAGACGACACGUCCGCGGUCGUCGUCGACAGUUGAUGAUGGUCGAUCUAGUAGAUUGAAUACUUGCAUGAGCAGUUAUUCCAUCGGAAAGCAGCAUAAACGCCGAGUGCCGAGACGUCGGGCGGACACGGGUAUGACCAAUAAGUCACAGCAGAAUGAGCGAUCAAGACGUGCAACGUUUGCAUCCAAGCAGGAUACGGAUACGGGACCUAGUCCAGACAAAGUGGAGGACGCAUUACGUGUGAAUGGUUAUUGGAUUGGAGAUUUCCGUGUGGAACGGCGGCUGUCGUCACGACGCAGCUAUACCAAUAGUCCUAAGGCUAAGUGA